GCUCUCGCUUGGGUCUUCUUGGGUCGGAAUCGUAUUCACUCCUCUGUGGAGCGAAAGGCUUCUUUCGAAGGCAGCAUCGUUGAAAAGAUUUUGGGUAGGAUUCGGGGCGUUCAGGUUGCCAGAAAGCAACGGCAAGCAUAUAAUUCGCGGGUCUGUCGUCACAUGUUCAAGGAUUCGUCGCUGGGAAGAGGCUGAUAUUGCAGAUAGACCUGGUACAAGCCAGUUGGGCUGGGGGUUUUGCUAUUGCAAUUGCACCGUUUGUUCGUCUGCCUAAGACAAAGAGACUUGUUUUAAAACCUUUCAUCCGUGAGAGUGAGUUCUUGUUUUGAGGAGAAUAUGGCUCCAGAGAGCAAUCACCCAUGUCCACCUUCGUCGUUUGAAGCUAAUUGUGGAAAGGGGAAUUUGGCGGCUACAGAUGAUGAAAAGGGGGAAGUUCUGAUGAACCAGAAUCAACUGAGGAUAGGAAGGCCCCCAAGACACCACAUGAGCUCCUCUCAGUUGUCUUCCGCUGUUGAAUUGGAAUUGGAGACUGGAGUAGUUACUGUAAAGCCAUCAUCAGAUGAACAUCCUCGUUUUGUACCGGUGUUCCGCUCUGGAAGCUGUUCUAACAUUGGGCGAAAGAAAUAUAUGGAGGAUGAGUACAUCUGCAUAGACAACCUUCUCGGACAAUUAGGUGCAGCAGCAGAAUCUUCUUGUCCUGGAGCUUUCUAUGGGGUGUUUGAUGGCCAUGGUGGCACUGAUGCAGCUUUAUUUGUCCAAAAGAACAUUCUGAGGUUUAUAGUUGAGGACACCCAUUUCCCGGUCUGUGCGAAGAAGGCUAUGAAGAGUGCUUUCUUGAAAGCUGAUAGCGCAUUUGCCAAAGCAGAUUCUCUCGACAAGACCUCUGGUACCACCGUUUUGACAGCCCUUAUUCGUGGAAGGACAAUGCUGAUAGCUAAUGGGGACUCUAGGGCGGUAUUGGGGAAGCGUGGAAAGGCAAUUGAACUGUCCACAGACCAUAAGCCUGAUUCUACAUCAGAGCGACCCAGAAUCGAGAAACUGGGUGGUGCUGUUUAUGAUGGUUAUCUAAAUGGUGAAAUAUCUGUUGCACGGGCCAUUGGAGACUGGCACAUGAAACGCCCUGAAGGCUCACCCUGUCCUUUGACUGCGGAGCCGGAGCUGCAGGAGAAGGUGCUCUGUGAAGAGGAUGAAUUCCUAAUUCUUGCCUGUGAUGGCUUGUGGGAUGUGAUGAGUAGCCAAUCUGCUGUUACAAUUGUGAGGAAGGAGCUAAUGAAUCACAACGAUCCUGAGAAGUGCUCGAGGGAAUUAGUUCGACUGGCACUUAAUCAGAACACGCUUGACAAUCUGACAGUAGUAGUUGUAUGUUUUUCAUCAGAUCCACCUCGGCUCGAGACACCGAAGUUAAAGAGAAGCAUAUCCGUCGAAGGUAUGUGUCUUAUUCGGGAUGCGAUGGACAAUAAUUCGUGAUUGGGAGUAAAAUCAUAAUUCAUUCUUCAUAACUUAGAAGAGGAAGGAGCCUUACUGUGUCUUACGGACAAAAGGGCCAUCAUUCGCCGUCAUGCCAUUGUGUAGCGGGCCAUUGAUGUCGGGGAAAAUAACAAAUGUUUGCCAGUCAUAUUUAGCUGAGUACAUCUUAACAUAAGAUUUUGUUCAUCUUAGAUCUGCUGUACAAGUAAUGGUUAAUUUCUCUCUCUCUCUCUCAACCUAGCACUGAAUUAGUGUUAUGUGAACAAGUAUAUUCAUACCAAAUCUGGAUUGCUUUGAUCCUUCGCUGAUUAUAAUGGAUAUGUAACAGGUCUUCUUUGUUCAAA